CAGAGACUUCCGGUGCGGCGGACGUCUCCAGCGCUCCUUCCUACGUCAACUCCAGGCGGGGCCUGCGGGACCCGGGGUGGUGAGCGGCGUUAAUUUUUAGGCGGAGACUGUUCAGUGAAGAAAGAUCUAAGAAAGGAUCUGGACAGGCAGGAAAUAGUUAACUGAAAGGAAUCUGCUGCUACAACCAAACCAGAUGCCUUCUUCAACUUCACCAGACGAAGGAAAUGACCUGGAGGCCUGUCUUUUAAGAUUUUCAGACUUGGAUUUGAAAGACACAAGUAUUAUCAAUCCCAGUAGCAGUCUUAAAGCAGAGCUAGAUGUCAAUACAAAGAAGAAAUAUUCAUUUGCGAAGAAAAAGGCAUUUGCCCUUUUUGUCAAAACCAAAGAAGUUCCAGCACCGUCUUAUAAAUGCAAAGAAAAAUGGUGGAAAUGCUGUCAGCAACUCUUCACGGGCCCCACUAGCAUCCAUAGACACGUGGCAACACAGCACCCUAAUGAGAUUUGGCACCAGACUGCUUCUGUUCUAAAGCAGCUCGCUGUGGCAUCGAGCACCUCAGAGAGCCUUAAGUCUGCCGACAAAGGGGACCCCCCGAAAGAGUGCCUUACUCGAAACCGUGAAGUGUCUGCUUGGCUCCCUGACAUUAGUUGCUUUAGCCCUGAUGAGCUGAUAAGUGGUGAGGGCAGUGAUGAAGGAGAGGUGCUACUUUAUUACUGCUAUCGUGACCUGGAGGAUCCCCACUGGAUCUGUGCCUGGCAGACAGCUCUGUGUCAGCACCUGCACCUCACAGGCAAGGUGCGAAUUGCUACAGAAGGAAUCAACGGGACAGUUGGUGGAAGCAAAUUGGCCACCAGACUCUAUGUGGAAGUCAUGCUUUCCUGUCCAUUGUUUAAGGAUUAUCUGUGUGAGGAGGAUUUUAAGACCAGCAAAGGAGGAGCUUGCUGUUUUCCAGAGUUGCGUGUUGGUGUAUUUGAAGAAAUUGUGCCUAUGGGGAUCAGUCCCAAUAAGAUCUCCUAUAAGAAGCCCGGAAUCCAUUUAUCCCCAGGUGAAUUUCACAAAGAAGUAGAAAAGUUUUUGUCUCAGGCAAAUCAAGAACAAAGUGAUACUAUCCUCCUGGACUGCAGAAACUUCUAUGAAAGCAAAAUAGGACGCUUCCAGGGCUGCUUAGCUCCAGACAUCAGGAAAUUCAGUUACUUCCCUAGCUACGUUGACAAAAACCUAGAACUUUUCAGAGAGAAGAGGGUACUGAUGUAUUGCACUGGGGGCAUCCGUUGUGAGCGGGGUUCUGCUUACCUUAAAGCCAAGGGCGUGUGCAAGGAAGUGUUCCAGCUCAAGGGUGGCAUCCACAAGUACCUGGAAGAGUUCCCUGACGGUUUUUACAAAGGGAAAUUGUUUGUUUUCGAUGACCGUUAUGCCUUGUCCUACAACAGUGACAUAGUGUCAGAAUGUGCAUACUGUGGAGCCCCAUGGGACCAGUAUAAACUCUGCUCCACUUCCCAGUGCCGCCAGCUCGUCUUGACCUGCCCCGCCUGUCAAGGACAAGGACUCACAGCCUGUUGUGUCACAUGUCAGGACAAAGGGAGCAGGCCAGCUCCAAGCCCUACCCAGAACAGCUUUAAAGAGGAGUGUGACUGUACAGCCCGACGGCCACGCAUACCCAGUGAACUUCCACAGCAGGCGCUCCCCCCCGAGCCCAGAGCCGAGACCUGAUGCUGCUGAGGACGCACCCUGCUUGUGUGAGCGGCACCAGCAGCAUUUCCCCGAGGCUUCACAAAGCUAGGUUCGAGGCAGCCAUGUAUUUGGGAAUAUCCAGGCCGCUGCAACAGAGAAAUGGGGAACUUGGGUGCUGGCCAAUGACCCUGUGGCAAACUGGUCACCUAUUGGCCACUUAUACUUCCUGAGAGGAGAGAAGAGGGAGUUGGUGCUGACCACUUACCUGAGACAUUCUGACUCAGAAGGUGCUAGAGCACAGGAAAAGGUGAGCUGUGUGGAGCCUGGCAACCAGGUCAUGCCUUUUCUGUGCAAGGUGUCAGGGCUGGUAGCAGUCAUUUUUCUUGUCAUCAUACCUGUCUGUCCUGAUGGCAAAAGUGUGAAAGCUGUGUCCCUGGAAGUAGACUCCUUGGAACAAGUCCCAUUGGUCCCUUACCACUCACCCAACCCUCACCUCAGCUCUGUUAGCCUGUGUGCACAGACCGGGAUCUGUAAACUACGGCAUUUGGCCCAUCUGCUUUUGUAAACAAAGCUUCAUUGGAGGAGCCAAACCCAUUUUUUAUUAUAACAUGUGAUUUAAGACAGACUUAAGUAUUUACAACAGAAAAGUUAUGGCCUGAAAAACCUGUAUUUAUUAUCUGGUUCUUUAC